GACAUGCGCUGUUUAAACGAAGAAGUGUGCGACGUUGGCGCUUCCCUGUAUCUGGGUUGUGAUUAUUGGUUACCAAAUGCAAGUCUUUAUUUCCUUUUUAGUGUUCGCGUUCAUUUAACACGACUUAAAACGUUUGAAUCCGCGUGUUUAACGUAGUUUUACGGGGCGGUUUGGGUGCGGCUGGUCGCCUAGAAUCCCGGCUGUAGCUCUCUCUCCACACAUCGCCUUGCUAACGUCCACAAGUCGCUUUUUUAGACAUGAAUUUGGUCAAAAACAAAACUCUUUACCCACACCUUCGCGAUGACGAGGCUUUGGUGGUAGAAAAUGCUAUCCGGUUAGCCAUAGACUCUAUACUAAACGUGCUAUACGGCGUAAACAGCGCCAGGACUCAUGAGUUUCAGCGGAUGGUGGCCGACAGGGACAAAGAGAUCCAGCGGCUGGAGUGCAGGCUGACGGAGAUCGAGCACGAGCUGCAGGUGCUGCGCCGUCAGGGGUGCACGUGCGGGUUGUUUGGACACGAGCCAGACCCAGGUAGAUCCAGGACCUCUGGUAACCGACAGCAAAGGGAGCAGAGCGGGCUUGAAUCAGGCUGCAUUGACUCAGAGGUGACGGCAGGAGCGCAGGAAUGUGAAAUGAGCCUAUCCGUGGGUGUAUUUGCUCGACCCCCCUCUCAUGUCUCCUCUCUAAGCCAGGACUUGGCUCUCCUAUCUUCCCCCAGCAACCUGGGUUCAGGUCAGACCUGCACCUCCCGCUCCUCAGAGGCUUCAGGCGUCACAGAGUCGGCCGGAAACCUGCCUACAUCUCCCAGCAGCCUCCUCAUCAAGGAGGAGCCCUGCGACAUUAAUGCUGUUUUAAUCGAGUGGGAGUUGAGUGAGGAGAGGUUAUCAGAGCAGCAGGGGGGUGCAGGCAGUCCCAGUCAGAACAGAGAGAGUCCCAGUGAGAAACAAAGACUGGAGAACAGCGGGAGGACGAGGAUCAGGGAGACGCCUCAAGCAGAGCCGAGCGGACUUCAGACGAUCGAGGAUCAGCAGCUGGGGAACAAGAAGAAACGAGUGCUGAUGUCCGAGCUACCGGAGGAGGCUCAGAGACUGAAAAGGGCGGCCUGGAGAGCAGCGUCCAGGCGGUAUUACGCCCGGAAAAUCGCCCGCCAGCAGGCGAACCCCUCAUACCCCAGGCCCUUUGUCCACGUCUCAGCUGGCCAGGACUCUCAGCUGAGCUGUUUGGUAGAAAAGAGGAGGACGCUCAUAUCCGAUCUGCCUGCAGACUCCCAGACUAUGCAGAGGGAGGCAUGGAGAGCCGCGUCCAGGAGGUACUACGCUCGCAAAACCGCUCACCAUCAGACUGAGAGCAUGCAAUUCGGAGAGCUGCUGGACGGUUUCCACCCAUCUGGAGCCACACAGGGGCCAAACAGGGAAGGGCCCCAUGCCAACGGUGGAGGAAUAAUGUGCAGCUGAUGGAGAGCAGUCGGGUUUUUUACAUGUUAAUAGCAGACUUAGAGUUCACUCUGUUACCUGUUGACUGUAAAUGUUAGGAUUUCGUUUCUGUUUCACUGUUCUUUGAACUGAUGGUGUUAGUAUUGAUCUGAAGUCUGGUGCUGGAAGUUAAAGCCCUUUGUGUGUGUUUAUGUGCAGCAGUCGGAUGGCUUUGAUCCUCCAGCUCGGUCUUCCUCUCAGCCUCAGCCGGCUCGCUGCAGUGCGCCGUACGCCUGCACAAGAUGCAGACUGCAGCUGGAGAUCAAAGGGGCAGUAUCACCCUGUCCUCCUCCUGGGGACAGGACAGUACCAUUAACACUGCAGCGCCCCCUGAGUCCAACAUCUGUAACUGCAAGGGUCAGAUUAAUUGUUCAUGAUGGGCAACUUUAUACUGGGAUAAAUACAACUCUGUCUUUCAGCAUAUUGAAUAAUAAAAAACAUUAUUUAAACCUGA